AUGAGCUCCAUGUAUGACGACCAGUACUAUGCGGCUUCGCGACGCCGCUCGAUUGCAACUCCUCCUCCUCCAUCCAUGUCCCCUCAUCACAGCCGUACCCGCAGCCACAGCGUGCGAGUGAGCAACGGCACCGCCAGCACCCACACCAGCUUCUCCAGUGCUCAAAUGUCCGAAGCCACAAAUAUCACCCAGCCACCUUCCUACUCAAAAAAGUUUGUCGUCGUCGGGGAUGGCGGCUGCGGCAAGACUUGCCUGUUGAUCAGUUACUCACAAGGCUACUUCCCAGAGAAAUAUGUCCCCACUGUGUUCGAAAAUUAUAUCACCCAGACCACCCAUCGACAGUCAGGGAAGACCGUCGAGUUAGCGUUGUGGGAUACUGCCGGCCAGGAGGAGUAUGAUCGUCUUCGUCCACUGUCAUAUCCCGAGACAGAUCUUCUAUUUGUGUGCUUUGCCGUCGACUGCCCUGCAUCGCUGGAAAAUGUUGUAGACAAGUGGUACCCCGAGGUUUUGCAUUUCUGCCCGACAACCCCUAUUAUUUUGGUCGGCCUCAAGUCAGAUCUCCGCGGCAAGCGAACCUGCAUUGAGCUCCUCAAGACGCAAGGCCUGACUCCCAUCACACCGGAGCAGGGCCAAGGAGUAGCCCAGCGCAUGGGCGCGACCUACGUGGAGUGCAGUAGUAAGGAGAUGCGCGGCGUGGACGAAGUCUUUGCCAAGGCAGUAGACACCGUUAUCAACAUCGAGGAGCAAGGCUACACAGCGCAAAAAUCCUCGCAUAGCCGCACAAAUAGCAAGCCUUCCGCCGGCGGGGGUCGACCGGGAAAGAAGAUCAAGAAGCGAAGUUGCAAGAUCUUGUAA